UUGUCCGCUCUCACUCAGCGAGAGGAGCGGAGUGGGGGGCAGAACGUGGAGAUUAAAGUGAUACUACUGAUAGACAACUACGACAGCUUCACAUAUAACUUGUACCAGUACCUAUGCGAACUUGGAGCAGAGGUCGAAGUCGUACGAAAUGACAAGACAACAAUCGAGGACAUCGAGGCGAUGGCGCCUGAGAAAAUAGUUAUAUCGCCCGGGCCUCGCACACCGAAAGAAGCGGGCAUCUCCAAUGACGUGAUUAUGCGAUUUGGCGAGCGCACGCCGACGCUUGGUGUUUGCCUCGGACACCAGUGCAUUGGCGACGCUUACGGUGGCACCGUCGGCGGCGCAGGCGAGAUAAUGCACGGCAAGAUGUCGCUCAUUCAUCACGACGGCGAAGGCGUGUUCAAAGGCCUGCCGAACCCGUUCGAGGCGAUACGCUACCACUCACUCGCGGUGUACAGGGAAGACAUGCCCGAAGACUUGGAAGUAACCGCAUGGACUGACAACGGUAUCGUGAUGGGCGUGCGCCAUAAGAGCCAUCCGGUAGAGGGUAUUCAGUUCCACCCGGAGUCCAUCAUGACGAAGGUGGGUCACGACCUUCUGCGCAACUUCUUAGAGAUGUAA